AUGGUAUCGAUUAUCCAAUUUUAUAUUAGUCAUUCAAUUUUACUAGCAUUGUUCUUUAUUAUAUCGAUUUAUUCCAAUAUCCAAUAUAUCUAUCAUCGAAUAUUUAUCAAAUUUUUAUCGCUAGCUUAUUAUCCCAAUAAAACACCACAAAUCAUUCGAGAUGAUGUCAAUAAAUUAAACAAGAUCCCCAAAAGAGUAGCGACUAUACUUGAUCUUAAAGAUGACGAUGAUGAAAACGGAGGUGUUGACGGGUUAAUCAAUGAUAUAAGUGAGUUAAUUGCAUGGAAUUUAAGUAGUGGUAUUCCACAAUUAAUUAUUUACGAAUAUAAUGGGAUUAUUAAUAAUCAUUUACAAGAAUUACAACGUUAUAUAAACAAAAAUCUUUCAAUUUAUUUUGGCACUGAUUCCAAACCAAAUUACUUGAUCAAGAUCCCCCAUUCCAAUAAAAGUAUCAUUAAUCAACUUGGGGAUUCAAUUGAUUUAGAAAUCACUCUAUUACUGAAAAAUGAUGGUAAACAAACCAUUGUCGAAUUAACUAAAACCAUGGGUGAUUUGGCUUCAAAUAAUGAAUUAUCAAUCAAAGAUAUCACCAUUGAUCUAAUUAAUGAAGAAUUAAUCGAAUUGGUUGGUUUAGAACCAGAUUUAUUGAUUAGUUUUGGCCCCAAUUUAGAUUUACAAAAUUAUCCUCCCUGGCACAUCCGAUUACUGGAAAUCUAUUGGGAGUCAGAUAACAUCAACGUCAAUUACGCCGUCUUCAUUAGAGCUUUACAGAAGUAUUCCCAUUGUAAGAUCAAUAUUGGUAAGUGA